GCGAAAUCCCCCACGCCCGUGCCCGUUGCUCCUAUUCGAAAAUUUCCCCUCGUCGAGAGCUGGGGGAUUCUCUCCUCCCCAAAUCUCCCCUCCCCGCAUCCACUCGCCAGAUCCUCCUGCUCGUGGCGCAGCGGAGCCGACGCGAUGCCGCCGAAGAGGAAACGGCUAGCGCCCUCCGCCAAGUCGCAGAGGCAGACGGAGCCGGACCCGCAGGUGCCUCCUGGCGCCGACGCGCCGCCGGAGGAGCGGCUGAUAUGGCUCAGCCAACUAGAAUGCGAGCGUCGGAUUACUGCCAUCAAAGCGGCACAAGAUGCAGAGGAUGGGAACAUAUCUUACCAGUUGCAAUUGGUACGGUCAUAUUAUUCCAAGGAGCAAUUGGAGGGAAAUGCUAUGCAAUAUUUUCAGGAGAACUUGCCCGAUGUAUCGGUUGUUCCGAAUCAGGAGUAUGAUGUGCUUGAGCUGAAAUGGAAUAACGGCGACGAAUGGAUGAUUGGAGACUUUGCAGAUGACAGGACUCUGCGAGCUUCAAUUGCAUCAUUCACAACUGCUGAUGGACUUCAGUUUCCAAAGGAUUCAGUUGGGGAAGACUUCUAUAGGCGCACUAGCAAUUUCAGUGAUUUUGCUUGGAGUGAGCAGCCUGAAGGCCAAAUGGCAGGAGCAGCAGAAGCUUUUCAGACGCCUGGGGCUGUGAGUAACCGACUAUCCUGUGGCAUGACGCCCAAAACCGUAAGGUUACCCAAGAAUGGCGAGAUGCUCUUAUCUGUGCGUGGUUCACCUCUUGGGGUCUACAAAGAAGAAAAUUUAUCAGCCAUUGAAGAAUCUGGUAACGGAAAUGAAGAUGAUGCUCCCUGCUAACUCACUAGACAUCACCAUGUUUACAUUGCAGGAUGUUGCCAGCCUUUGACAAUAACUGUAAGCGUUGCUAGAGCCUAUGUGAGGUUCAUAGACUGACUGGGAAAGAAUCUGAUUUGUUCAAUGAUUGGCACCUCGCUUCUCAAUGUACCUUGAAAUGAGUGUAUUUAGGUCACUUUGUAAUUUGAUGAACCCUGUUCCUGUUGUAGCAUGCCGACUUUAUUCAGCUGACAUUGUGCUAUCAGCAGUGUUGUUGUGUGCAAUUUCACUCCAUUCUUUCUCUACUCAACCCUUGUUCCAAGCAUUGCUGAAAUAGAUCACUAGAAGUCCAUUUUUGACAUAUUGACUCUUUGAUUUGUCGAAUUUCUGUCCCUAUCUUUACCUGUAAACAUGGCACCUCAACUAUCAAAUAUUGUUCAUUUCUGAUCCUAA